AUGGAGGGGCCUCGGGGGCCCCCCGCUGCUGGGGGCUGGGGUGUACGUACAGGGGCCCCCCCCCCGCUGGACCUCGAGUGCGAGUACCUGCUGUCUCCGCAGCUUCACUUUCCUUCUUUUGUGUCUCCGUUUAUCCUGGGGGAGACUCUGGAGCAGCUGCUGCGGCUGCUGCAGCUGCUGCAGCAGCCGCAGCAGCUAAGGGCCAACAAGGCCCUCUUGGCUUUCGCGCUGCAGCUCGCCAGGGCCUUCGACUCCACAGCCCUCCUCGAGGCCCUCAGCCCUCGCGACCAUUUGCUGCUCAUCUUGGGCUGGAAGAGG